AUUACCUUGCGAAAUCACCGCUACGCUAGCCCGAGAUGAUGGUCAUCCUUCCCUAGUGAUGGCGGUGAACGGUUCUUUUUAACGGAGCUUCACAAUAGCCUUCUGUGGCGGCCUGUGAAGUAGCGGUUAAGAGCAAGGGCUUUCGUAUCACACUUAGUUGUGAAUCCUGGAGGAACGGCUUGAACUCUGACACUGUCCUUGCUUGUAGAAUGCGGAUAAUUCUUUCCCAUCUUGCAGAGUACUUUCGAGGACUAAAGGAAUUUUUCUUGGUUGACAAGUUUAUCAUGGUGCGGGUACAUAGGUGAUACUAUCAGUGUUAUUUGAUGAAUAAGGAAACUCGGCUCAGAGAAAACCACAUUGUACAUCCUCAGUGGCACUUCAUUAGACCCUUGUCUUAGAGCAAGGGAAGCAGCUGCCUUUCUGAAGAACUCAGUGCCUGGGGGAGGACCAGUAGUUGUUUUCUGAGGAACUGUGGAAUGUGCCCUUGGAGGCACAAGAGAGCAGAAGGAAGAUGCUCCAGACCAGUAACUACAGCCUGGUGCUCUCCCUGCAGUUCCUGCUGCUGUCCUAUGACCUCUUUGUCAAUUCCUUCUCUGAGCUACUCCGAAUGGCUCCAGUCAUUCAGCUGGUGCUCUUCAUCAUCCAGGAUAUCGCAAUCCUCUUCAACAUCAUCAUCAUUUUCCUCAUGUUCUUCAACACCUUCGUCUUCCAGGCUGGCCUGGUCAACCUCCUCUUCCAUAAGUUCAAAGGGACCAUCAUCCUGACAGCUGUGUACUUCGCCCUGAGCAUCUCUCUUCAUGUCUGGGUCAUGAACUUACGCUGGAAAAACUCCAACCGCUUUGUCUGGACAGAUGGACUUCAAACAUUGUUUGUAUUCCAGAGGUUAGCGGCAGUGUUGUACUGUUACUUCUACAAACGGACAGCUGUGAGGCUGGGCGAUCCUCGCUUCUACCAGGACUCUUUAUGGCUGCGCAUGGAGUUCAUGCAAGUUCGAAGGUGACCGUUCUCUGUCACAUCAAUGAACGCCUUUCCUUCCUGACAGAAGUCACACUGGGGGCUCUGCAGAGGGGGCAGCCAGCCCUGCGUGCUAGGAAGUAGCUUGACAUUCCGAGGACAGGCCCCAGCCGGCCAGUGUGCAGCAGGUGAAGAGGAGGCGCCGCCCUCCAGCACAUUAACGCGUCCCCAGUGCAGACUCCUGAACGUCCCUUCCCAGCCUCCUGCCGCAGUCCCACCCCCGUUCCCUCCCGCCCUCUGCCUUCUUCCUCACCAAGGGCUCUGUGGCUUUUCCCAAGGGAACUUUCCACUGACCCUAGUACAGGAGCAGCUCCCAAUCCCUCCUCUGCACUGCACACUAAUGAUUGAAGGAUGCAAAGAGUGACUUUUCUGGGCUCCUGACUGAGCACACAUCAGACAUUUAGAUUUUAUACCCAAGGUACUUUUUUUUACAUUGUAUAAAUAGGAAAUAAAUUCUUUUCCAUAAAUGA